AUAACAAGGUGAUUUGUUUUAAGUUUGGAAUAUUGAAUAUAUUAUUAACUUUUAUUUAGAAAUGUAUUAAAUUUAUUUUAUCAAACAUAUGAGAGAGAUCAAUUGAAGAAAUGGGCGUUGACAUAAGCACAUACCGUGCCCGAAUAGGCACGUUCUCUGGCUCUACUGGAGUUGGAGUCACACAUGAAGAAUGUCUGGUGAACUUCACAUUUGGAUUGAAAACAGUGGGAGCUGUUAUGUUUAUCGGCAUGCUGCUGAUAAUGGGAGGUGUAGAACAGAACCCAGGACCUCCAAAGAAAGAACCAAGCACGGAAAAAAAACAGAACACAGCUGGCGAAGACAGAAUCGGAUCCAUUAUCAUCGGAAGCCGUCACAAUUUACGAACGAAGGGAUGUAAACGAUAUCGAAAACAGUUCUGACUCCUACGGCGAGCUCCACUUGCAAUCAAUCUUUAAACCAAUCUUCCACUUUUUUGGUCUUACCGGUCGUGUUAAUAAACAAAUAUCUGUGAGCGAGGCGCGUAUACUCGUCGAAGAUAAUUCUUCAUCAGGAAUACAACCCACAGAAGCACCAAUGAUGCUUUUAAGGGGCUUACUUUCCAUGAAUUAUGAGACAAGGGAUGCUUACACAUUUCCUCUGCAAGAUUCUCAGCCUCAGGUCCAACAUGGCCAACGCACCAACAGAGUCCGUACAAGGAAAAGAGUAGAAGUAUCAAGUCCGAGCGAUCUAUUCAUGGCAACGUUCUAUUGCUGCGAUCCAAUGCUACAAAGUAUUCUUUUUGAAAAGUUAUUUUUAUGCAAGUGUGCUGUUCCAUUUUUUUACAAAGAUUUAUUUUCUAUGAAUUAUACUGUGGCACUUUGGCCUUUAAGAUCUCUUUUCGCCGUACAAAUCACAGAAGGGUGUUAUACUAGUUGUAAUAUGAUUGAUGUUAAAACACAUGUUAUCAGUUUUGCCCGUCUCGGAAGACCUAAUUUAUCAAAGUCUACUGUUUUAAACAGCCUCAUAUCUUCCGAAAACACGUUUUACAAUGGUACUUGUAAUGGUGGACGUAGUAAACGAAAUAUCAGUGGUUUUUGUGAAAUGUUUUCCUCCCCUGCAUGUGAAUCAGGCGGUGAUUUAUUCAAAGACCCAACUCAUUUUCUUAAUCUUCGGGGAGACCUUAUUUCUGAUUUCUGUUCGGAAGUAUACUCGUUUGUUAAUGCGAUAUCAGACUGUGUAGUUAUUGUCAUAGACAUUCAACAACUAGAACGUAAUUAUGAUGAUUACAUAAAUGUGAUUUCAAAGUUUUCUUCAGUCAUCCUUCUUUUUUCUGAAGACACUUCUAAUGAUGUUACUACUGAACGUUUGUUAGAAAGGAUAGACAAGAAAUUCGAUAGUAUUGGAAAUACAAUUUUAUUUUUUGAAUCAGACAAUAUUAAUGUAGGUGUGUUUGAAAAUACAACGCAAUUGUCUGAAAGCCUAUCAUCAGUUUUAAAAGAAAAUGACCUGAAAUCGCUGCAUGAAAGAUUAUUCAGCAGUAUCUUAAAUCCUAUCAAAGGCAGAAUUACAACUGAUGAAUGUAAAGACGAUUGUGUUGGCGGAAAUAAACUGGCCGCUAGUGUUAUAGAAGCAAUGAGACUGGAACUUGAACACUGGGCAGAGAAAAAUAACCAUGAUAAAAAACAUUUAUUUCAACACUGUAGAUUGGUUUGUACUCCCGCGUCUUUUGUUCAAACAAAACAAAUAUCUUCAAGUUUAAGAAUGAUAAAGGUGUUAAGACGGGAUGAAAACUCCACACAUUUUGACGAAAUAGAUAAACACCAAGCGGACAUUCAAAAAUGUAAACAAGAGCAAACCAGAAAUAUUUCGGAAAGCCUAAAGACGUUUUUACGAGCUCUUCAAAAAUCUAAAGAAUCGCAUUUUCAUCUUGAAUACUUUCUUUUUUGGUUCAAAUUAUGUUUAGAGAAAGAAACCAGACUAGUUCUAAACGAAUUUAAAUCGAAAAAGAAGAAGACAAGAUAUGGGUUGAAAGAAGCGAAAAAAACAACACCAAGUAAACAAACACUUGGUGAAUAUGAACACGAGCUACAUGUUCUCAAUGAAAAAAUAGAAACGACACGGUUUACUGUUCAACAUUUCUUCAGGGAAAUAAGCCACAUUUGCAACUCCAUCAUAGAACUUGGUCUAGAUCAAUGUAUUGCAGGUGUGCCAAUAAACGAUGUAAUGAAAGUAUAUGCAAAACUUAUAUCAAGAGGUGAAACCUUUGAACUUAUCGAUGGUGAUAACUCGUACAUGGCAUCCUUCUGGAACCUGGCUGUUUUUGAAUAUAUUGAAAAAUAUACUAGAGUCGGAAAAUGUAUGUGUGUCAGUAUACUAGGCUUACAGAGCUCUGGAAAAUCAACGAUGUUAAAUUGCAUGUUUGGUUUAAACUUUGAAACAGGUACGGGUCGAUGCACACGCGGCAUCAAUGGAAGACUUCUUGAGACAAAAAUAUCUACUUAUGGACAUGGACAUGUUUUCGUUAUCGAUUUAGAAGGACUACGAGCUCCUGAAAGAUCUAUUACAGAACAAAAUAACUUUGACAAUGAACUGGCAACUUUCGCUACUGGAAUAGGCGAUGUAAGUUUAAUGAAUAUAUAUGGAGAAAAUCCAGUGGAACUACAUAGCGUUUUAGGCGUAGUUGUUUAUGCCUUGAUUCGUUUGAAACAUGCUGAGAACGCAUUACCCGAAGGACAAUCAUGUAUGUUUGUUCAUCACUGUGUAGCUGACGAAACUGCACAUCAAAACAAUCUGGAUGGUACUGACGCUCUAAUAAAAGUCUUAGAUCAAGUAACUAAAGAAGCAGCUAAAUCAGAACACAAAGAACACAGGAACUUUAAUGAUGUGAUUAAAUUUGACGCGAUAUCACAGGUUUUUUAUACGCCAGAAUUAUGGCAAGGCAAAGAACACGUGAAACGUGUCAACCCUGCGUACUGUAAAAUGAUAUCAACCAUUCGGACACACAUCAUUCAGUUACUUGUCAAACAAGGUACAGGUCUUGAUGUGACAGAUAUCGGGAUUCGAACUGAAAAUUUAUGGGAUGGAAUUCUCUCUGAAAAUUUUGUAUUCUCUUUCCGCAACGGCGUAGAAAUUUACCAGAAUGUUAACAAUGCAAUAAAUGAUAUACUUUGGAAAUUCGAAAAGGAUUGGAACCUUCAAAUUUUACCCGGGUUUCGACGCCAAUACCGAGACUGUGUGACAACGGACGAGUUGUCUUUUAUGCAUAAACGCAUUCAGGAAAAGGCAAUGGAAAAAUAUGAGUCAAGAACCAUAGCAGUUCAACAGAGCAUAGAAGACUUUUUUGAUAAGUGUGAAGAUAGGAAAACUGCAGUACAAUGGAAAUCAGCUGAAUUGCGUCUAGUAAAACUAAAAUUUGAAGACAUUAGGCACGCAGCAAAAAAUCAGUUAAACUCAUACUACACAAUUCAAAUUAUUUUCAUUGAAACAUCCAAGAUAACAGAACAACGAAAAAAUGAGCUUGAAAUUAAAUCUCGAGAGACGGUCGAGAAGUUAAGCUUAGAAUGCAGUGAAAAAGACAUUGAAAAUUCAUUUAAUACGAUUUGGGAAAAAUUUGAAGCGGACAUCCGUCAAAAGUUGACCUUAAUGGAAAAUCCGAACCUUGCUGCCACGUUUGUUACAAAAUUAAACCAAAUGUGCUCCGAAGACAAAAUCCAUAUCGAAAUACACUUAAGAGACUUUACACCUUUGGAAUACUUACAACCUGAUUUAUUAGACAAAACUGAUGUUGUUCCAAAAGGAAGGAUGUUUUCGAUUCGUAGAAUACGCAUUCCUAAUUUUCUUAAAUCAGAGGCGAAAACGGAUACACAACCACUGGUAGAGUACGUAGAUUCAUUAGUAAAAUCAUUCGAUAAAAAAACUGAAGUUUCAGAAAUAAUGGUCGAAGAUUUCAUUCGAAAUGUUAAAACUAAAUCUGAGCUUUUUGAGGCAACAGACAAAACGUGGACAAAGGCGCUUUCAAUGAAUUUUGUUCUUAAAAGUUGUCAAUUUGCACUGUUCCAUUUUAGCGACCACAAUGAACAGUUCCACAAAAACUAUGGAAUCGAUUCUUAUAUAAGCCAGUAUAGAAAAAGAAUGUUCAUAUCUUUUAAGGUUUCCAUUGCAUGUAAACAAAAUGAAACACAACAAAUAUUUAAAUCGCUUUGUUCUACCUUUUUAUUCUGUCUGAAUAACGCUAUCAAAUGCAUCAUUGAAAAGAAAGUUGUAAACGUGUUAGAGAGAGAGUUUCAUUACUCUAAACCAGAGCUAUUACGUGAAAUAUGCAUAUCUUUAGCAAAUCAGGCGUAUGAAAUAAAUGCUUUUGAAGAUUUUAUAUCAUAUCUAAGGACACCAGAUCGCUUUGGCAAAAAGUGGUUCAUAAUGAGAUGCGAACAAAUGCUGUUUGGUGAAGUCAAUAACAUUCAGUCGUUUAAAGAAAUAUGCAAACGUACGAUUGAUGACGUAUUUGGAUAUGUUCAAACAUCAGUUCACGAUUUGAGGGAUAAUUCCGAGGCGAGUAUAAGACUUCAUGAAGCCGUAACUUUUUUCUCAAAUAGAUUUGACAUGCUUGACAUUGACGGAACGGAAAUAGAAAGGGUGUGCCGUUCGGAAAUGGAUGAGCGUGUGAAUGUCACCGACUUGGCAAAAUUUAUGGAUUCUGUUCUUAGUUUAGAGAAAGGUAACUUAAAAAGCAAGUUUUGUUCAGCAACUGUCCACACCAUAGAAACGUUUAUAAACCCGCAAUAUGAUGCACUUUUUAAACAUCUAUGGGGAUGUUUUGAAAAAUGCCCAUUUUGCAAGGAGCCUUGUGCGUUUAAGUACCAUUCUGUUGAAGCUGCUAAACAUCGAUGUAAACAGCAUCGGUUUCUUGGCUGUAUAGGGGUGAAAAAUGAACAACAAACACUAUUACGGGACUCUUGUGAUUCGCUCAUUAUGAUGCCUCGGGAAUGGUUUGACUGUCAGGUAGUAAACAAUAAAUGUACAAAACACAAAGGCCAUGGUAAAAAAUCAACAUUCCACUACUUUCAAGAUUAUAAGUCAUUUUUUCCUGAUUGGGAUAUCAAACCAUCGUCUGAUAUGCGUGGAAGUUCAACCUAUUGGAAAUGGUUCAUGUAUAAGUUUAGAGAAGAACUUUAUGAUUAUUAUGGUUGCACUCCAAGCAUCAUUCAAAAUGACUGGUCAAAUAUUUCAAAGCAAGACGCAAUACAAAGCCUGUUUUCUUGUUAUAAUAGGUGGCAGUUCUGAGCACUUUCAAGCCAGUUUUUAAUAUUUAUCAUACCGAAAACGUUUCGCGAGUAUUAACUAGAUAAUUAUCGCGAAAAUUAAGUUGAUAACACAAAACAAUUUUCGAACGUUAACAGGUUAUCUUACGGCAGCCAUAUGCCACCAUCAGUAGUUUCGUUAUCAUAGUCUCUUUUUAUACGAACACUACCGUUCGUUUCUAUAGUGCCUUACUAUAUGCAUGUAUAUACGUACAUUAAUUCAUGUUGUAUAUAUAUUUGUUGUAAUAGUAUUUCCGGUUUUUUUUAUCACGAAAGGUCUCCUGUAACUCAUACUUUGAGUGGCAGUACAUCUUGCUGUUGUUUUUUAUGGAAUGUUUACCAUUUUUGAAUAGAAAUAACUUGUUUUUCUUUCCUCGGAUAUUUAAAUAAGUUUGUAUUUAUUAAACACAGUGUGCGUUGUAUAUCUAGUGUUGGUUAACUUUAGAUACAGAGUCGGCUUUAUGCAAAUUACGGUUUCGUGAUGUUUACAUAUUUUAAAAUUGAAUAUCUGAAAAAUGUUGAUAUAGACUUAUCUGAUUAUUGAUUAACACAGAGUUGACUAUUGCAGCCUUGAAAUCACAGUGAUAUUGAACUUAGUUUUCUUUAUAAGUCAAGUUGACAUGUUUUUAAGAUUGUAUAAUUUUUAGAUAAUAUUUCAAACAUGUGUUGAUGUUCAUGUAUUUUUUAUUUCUACAGUUUUAGUUUUUAAUCAGUGGUAUACUUCAUGACAUGUUAUGCUGUUUGAUGAAUAUGUUAUGUAUACAAUAUAUGUUUUUAAGUAUGAUAUAAUUGUGACAUUUAUAGCAUUGCAACAACAUUCAUUAGGCAGAUUCCAUUUUAUAUUUACAUGUGCUGAUGUUCUUGUAUUGUAUUUUAUUUCUACAUUUGUAGUAUAUAAUCAGUGGUAUACUUGACAUGUUAUGCAUUUUGAUGAAUAUGGUGUGUACAAUGUAUGUUUUAAGUAUGAUAUAAUUGUGACAUUUAUAGCAUCCAUAGCAUUGCGACAGCAUUUGUGAGUAUCGUUGUUAUGUUAGAUAGAUUUCAUUUUAUAUUUACACUUUGCUACAUAUAAAAACAACACAAGUACAAAGUAUAAAAUCUUAAUAUGCAAACUAACUACGAGUAGACCUUUCUGUGCCAUGAAACUAGUCCUUUAUCAGAACCGAGCUAAUUAUUUUCUCUGAACUGUAACAGCUAUAUCGUUUUCUAAGAACUGUACUUAAAAUAGAGGGACGAAAAAACUGUGCAUUCUACUGUGAACAGAAACGAUACAAAGGAGCAAAACUGUCCAGCAUACCUACAGUGUCCCGCUUGUAUAUUAGCAUGCUUUACAACUUGAAAUGUAAUAGAAAACUAUGUAAGAUUCAAAUUAACAAAUACGGCAACAUAACGGAAACAUAUCUGACACAAAAUUUCUCAAAAAGCAUGAAUAAAAAAUAACCGAUUUUUCAGAUCUUUGUUAAAGAUUACAAUGUUGUUAACGUUACCGUUGUUAACUUGGAAAUGUUUACUGCUCUGGGAGGUUCAUUGAUACAUUUGUGAUCUGCAGUAUUUCUAACAAGAUUAUAGACAACUGUUUCAGCUGUAAUUGUUUUAUUUAAAUAUAUGAGCACAUCAUCAGAAAGUACACGCUUAAAAUAUAACAACGAUGUUGUUAAUCAGGUUGUUAACAAAGUUCUGAACAAUCGGUAGAUUGUUGAUAAACUGUCAUUAAUUUGUUUUGAUUAAAUCACUCGAUAUAUAUCCUAGAAAAUGAAUGUUGAAUUAAUUCAACGGUAUUCAUUUGUUAAAAUAUACUGUUGAUUUACUUGAUGUGUUAUAAUAUUUUGUUUGAUCCAAUAGUUUUGUUUUUUUCUUCAGAUUUGAUUUUUAUUUAAAUUUGAAACCUUUUUUGGUUUUUGGUUUAAUUUUGUAUUUAUAAAAUCUAAUCAGUAUUGUAUAUGAUAUUAUGUAACCGUGUUGUAAAAUAAAUGUAAUCACGUG